CAAGCACUGCGCAAUGUAGCCUUGUACAGAACCUUGUAACAUUUCAACCAGAGUUCAACCAGCGACUCACUGGAUAGACUACAAUUAAACUGCUGAGAGAAAUCAAAUAGACUACAAGAACAUAAGUGAUAUUCGAACUGAAGAUGCCUCGCACACGAAUCCAUCCAUCCGAGCCUUCUGAUCUCAGCAGCAGCCAGGAAUCAAUUUAUUCUUCUGUGGUGCAGAGAAGCCCAUCAGAUAUUGGCAAGCUGAGGGUGAUAAGACGCAUGAUUGGUUGUCAGGCGGACGGCUCUCGAGGGAAUGAAGUGGAGAUUGAAACAUUUGAGGAAAGCCGAUGCUCCUCCACCUCCUCUGGUUCUACCCUCGAGCCAGUGUGGAAGCUUCAGCCUACACCUAAGGCUGCUCCACUUCAAGCCGUUCUACCUAAACCUGCUCUACCCAAAGCCGAACCACCUAAUGCCCCUCCUCGUAAAGCCGUUCCACUUGAAGCUGCUCCACCUAAAGUCACUCCAUCUAAUGGUGCUCCACGUAGAGUUCUUCCACUUGAAGCUGCUCCAUCUGUACAGUCGAGACGGCGUGACGCUGGCACCAGUACAAACGUUCAGGCAUGUGUAUGUCAGGAAUGUGGAUGCCAGGGAAGAAAAGCUCAGCCCAAAGCACAGAUUUUCCUGGUUUUCCCUGGACAUCCAGCCCUUGGCUACAGGCCCACUACGACGAUCAGAUUCCCUGAAGUGUCACCUCUUGACAGGGCAUCCAACGCUUUCCUCCCUCCACUGUCGUCAACUCGGUUUCAGCCAGCCCCAAGGACCCCUGGGAACCAGAGUCAAAUACCAACAGUGCAAGCACCUGGCCCUUCAGCUGAAAUCUCUUCUGCAGAAAUGAAAAAGAAAAUAAGAAAAGUGGAGAGGGCAAACGACCUCAUGGAUUUGCAGAUAGUCACCGAAAAGAAAAGGCAGGCUAAACUAUAUCAAAUCAUUGGUCUGGAUGUCAGAGGCCUUCCUUCCAAGAUCAAGCAGAUGAGGAGGGACCAUGGCUCCAUGAUCGAGGCAUGGGAAAUGGACAGGCUGCAGCGGGAAAGUGAUGCGAUGCCGUUGGUUGAGACCAAACCCGAGGAUGAGACCCUGGCAGGUGUGCAGGAGAGGGACGAGGUUAAGACUGACGCUCCUCUCUCCUCUGGCCCUUGUCCUUCAAAGAAAGAAGGAAGAGAUGUAGCCGCUCAAUCUACGUCCAGAGGUUUGAAGCGCACAUCUACAUUCAACUUCCUGUCUCAAACCUCGUUGUCGUCCCAUGGAGGCCAGUCAGGCUCUGAUUCUGACUCUCUAAACUCCGACUGCUCCUCUUGCCAAGAGACGUGUACAUUCCCCCACAAGUUCAUAUCUGUGCCAGACCUGCCUCUCAGAGACGAUUCGCACGAACCACCCUCCACCUUGAUCUGUGCGAGAAAUCUUGCAAUUGUGGCCAGGAGAAAUGGAAUACACUCACCACCAGCUAGAGCUUCUAUGAAUAAUAAUGAGGACAGUGAUGACAGUGACUCUGAGGACAGCAGCAGCACUGACCUGGAAGAGGGCACAGGAAACAAAGAUGACUCAACCCAGCGAAUCAAGGAAUUACAGUACUUGAUACUGACCACUGAAAAAAAAAUGGAAUUGGUGAAAGAGCUGGAGAAAGAUUCAAGGGUGUCUUACAAAAAGGAGAAAGACCAGCUGGCGCUGAAAAAGAAAGAUUUCCAAAAAAUAAAAAAAUCACAGCUGCCUGACAGUCUGAAAAGGAGCACCAAGAAAAAGCUGCAGGUAGAAGAGGCUGAAUUUGAACAAGGCCAGAAGAGGGUUGAUAAGGAGCUGAAACGACAGACAGCCAACCUGAAAGCUCGCUUGAGCCAAUAUAAAAAGGCCUUGAAAGACGUGGAGAAGAAGGAAAAGGAGAGGCAGAAACGUCUGGAAAAACUCCACAAGGAAAAAGCAAAGGCAGAGAAAAUCAAGCACAAAAAAAUAGAAAAGGAAAAGGAGAAAAAACUUCAGAUGGAGUUGGCUGAGGAGCGAGAAAUUGCAAAAGCACGAUUGAUGGCACAGCAUAAGAAAGACAAAUUCAAGAAGCUUAGCAGCAAAAUAAUGGCAAAGAGGGAGGAAGAGGUGCGCAAGACGGCACAUGAGAAUGAGAAAUACGAAAGAAGGCGCCAGAAAUUCAAGAGGAAGUGGACAAAGCGAAUAAAAAAAGCUACAAAAAUAAAAAACAAAAUCACUUCAGCGCCAGGACGUUUCUUCCGGCUUUUUAAACCAAGCUAUGGAAAGAAGGUGGACAAAGUCUUGAAGGAGGAACAGAUGGAACGGCUGCUCUUGCAACAAACUGCAAAGGACAACGAGCAGUGGCUUCAUGAGGAAGAGGUGAGGAUGAAGCAGGAUAAGGAGCGAGCAGAGGAGGAGAGGCGGAGAACUCUUGCUGCCCAGCAGGAGGCCACGGAAUGGUGCGGCAAGAUGCGGGUUGUGCUGGCAUCAGCGAGGAGCAGCACAAGCAGUAUCAAUUCAGAGUUCUGAAAAAAGACGUCAGGACACCAAGAAGGAGCAGGUCAGACAAAAAAAGUGGUGCAAAAGAAGCAUCUCCGGAAGAUGGAGUUUCCAGGGGGAAGAGAGAGGGCAUUUUCACAGGAACUGCUGCCACCAAAGACACAGGAACUGUCAUCAUAAAUCUCCUUGUGUGGUUUGUAUGAGAAGUGUAGGGACGUUGUUGCCAAGGUAAGGAAGAUUCGGUUCAUUUGCAUGGCAUGAUGCCAGGAAAGUUUUUGCAGUGUUAUGUAUCCAGAGAUGAACACACUAGCAAUCACAGCCUAUGCAUGUUGAUAUUAUUCAGACAUUAGAGGUGAAUCACAGGUACAUGGGCAAUGCAAAACGUUGAGGUGCCGAGCGAGCGCUAUCAGUGUGAACGCAGCUUUAGACGGCCUGACAAAGAAGGUUAGUUACACUAAUCACAGGAAUGUCUUCCCUCCAAGUAGACUCGGCCUAAAUGUGCCCUGACCACGCAAACACGAGUAUCAUACAACAGAGAGGACGAGGAGAAAUCAUGGUGGAAGCAGAGCUCUCCACCCCAGCUGGAAGUCUCUCAACUAAGAGCUUCUCUCGAACAUCACUCCAUCCAUCUGCUGUCCCAGCACCAGCCCAAGGAGGAUGGGUUCCCCCAAAAGCCUGGGUCCUCCCAAGGUUUCUUCCAGCUGGGAGUUUUUCCUUGCCACCGUUGCCUAUGGCUUGCUUUUGGGGGCAUGAGGACAGUAAAUAAAACCAAAAAUAUUAA